UUCUUACAUAACGUACGGGUCUGUAUAUGCUCUCAAAUCUUCACUCAGAUGUACUUGGCCUGUCUCUGCAACAACCCAUCUCUUUUCAUGUCUUUCUUGUUAUUUUAUUCUUUUUCAGAAACCUCAGCUUUUCUUUGAUUUCUUUUCUUUUUUUUAAUUUCUAUGUCCUCACUUUCUUCAAGCACAGCUUAGUUUUUCUUUUUUCUUUUUUCUUUUUCUAAGUGAUUGUUUCAGAUCAGGAAAUAACACCACGUUUCUAUUGCUUAUUUGUUGUGGGUUCUCACUAUUUUUUUAGGUUAUGUUUGGAAAAGUAAGAACCAGGACCUCAUCUCAUCAUCUGAAUGUAAUAAAUUGAACAUGAAAACUGGUUUGAUUUGUUAACUUCCAGACAAGAUCUAGUAUACACUGUAAGGAGUGUUUUUUGUUUUGCUUGUGGAGCUUUGGAUUAUGGCGUCGUACUUUCAUGGGAGCUCGGAAUUCCAAGGUGGAAUAACGGCGUCUGAUGGGAUGCAAACACUCUAUCUCAUGAACCCGAAUUACGUAUCCUACUCCGACACACACCAACCGGCCUCCGCCACCAACAUGUUCUUCUUGAACCCCGCUGGCAACGAGUUAAAUCCAACAAGUUUGCCCCACGCGCCACCAUCUAACCAUAACCAGCACUUCAGUCUGCCUCUUCCAUCCCCGACUCCUCAAAUCGGACUUUCCAGCUUGGAUGAUCACAACCGUCCGUCACCCCUAGUCUCCGGCGUUUGCCAUAACUUAUGGGGCUCGAGUAUCGAUCAACAGAAUUCACCGCCAGAAAGUAGCAGCAAGCUUUUGUCGGUGGUGUCCACCGCUGAUACCAUGGGUGGACCACAUGAUGUCUCAUCGCAGUUGGUAAUAUGUCGGUCGGGGGUGUCACCGAGGCAAGGCUUGUCCCUGAGUCUAUCUUCUCAACAGGUGCCUUAUAGGUCAAGUAACAUCGAAACAGUUAUCCAUGGACAACCUCAAGUUCCAACGACGUCGCUGGCGGCUGGCGGUAUGAAGAUACCCGAGAGCUCACCGUCGACGGUUUCGGCAGUUUCGAAUGGGAUUACCGGUGUUCAGAGUGUAGUUUUUGGAUCAAAAUACUUGAGAGCAGCACAAGAGCUUCUCGAUGAAGUUGUUAACGUUGGGCGAGGGUUAAAGACCGACCCGUCUGAGGGGACCAAAGAGAAGACAAAGGUGAACAAAGAAUCAAAGCAUGAUGUGACCGGGGGAGAGGUGGAGAGUGCCGAUAAAAACGGGGAUAAACCCGGACCCGAAUUCACAACAGUACAGAGACAAGAACUUCAGAUGAAGAAAGCAAAACUUGUCACCAUGCUUGAUGAGGUGGAACAAAGAUACAGGCAGUACCAUCACCAAAUGCAAGCAGUGGUCGUUUCAUUCGAGCAGGCGGCGGGAUUUGGUGCUGCGAAAGCAUACACAGACCUUGCUUUGCAGACCAUUUCGAAGCAAUUCCGGUGUCUUAAAGACGCGAUAUCCGGACAAAUUAAAGCCACAAGCAAGAGUCUAGGAGAAGAGGAUUGCUUAGGCGCUAAAAUCGAAGGUUCAAGACUACGAUACGUCGAUCAUCAGCUUCGACAACAGCGGGCGCUGCAACAGUUGGGAAUGAUCCAACACAAUAAUGCUUGGAGACCCCAAAGAGGAUUACCCGAACGAGCUGUCUGCGUUCUUCGUGCUUGGCUUUUCGAGCAUUUCCUUCACCCGUAUCCUAAAGAUUCAGACAAACACAUGCUUGCCAAGCAAACAGGGCUUACAAGAAGCCAGGUGUCAAACUGGUUUAUAAAUGCUCGAGUACGGCUUUGGAAGCCGAUGGUUGAAGAAAUGUACACGGAGGAAGUGAAGGAACAACUAGAAAGAACUAAUGGCAGCGAAGAGAUGAUCACCAUUGCAAACAAAAGCGAUCAGCAAAAGGAAUCAUCCAUCAACCAGGAUAAUAAUAACAACAACAACAAUGCUUCCACAAUCUCAGUAUUUCCCAUGGCAGGGUCCGUUCUGCAACUGCAACAAACAUCAUUCAAUCUCGUCGGGCCAUCCAGUCUCAACGGUGCAGCUCAAACGAGUCCAAAAAGGGACUUGCAGAACUCUCCGGUAGGUAUCGUCCCGGUCGAGAUGGACAUGAAGCAAGGUGAAACACGGGGAAUCAACAUGAAGUUCAGUGAUGAAAGGCUAUUCAAAGACGGGUACUCGUAUUUCAGUGGGAGUGUUUAUGGUUCGAUGCGAGACGUAGAGAGGUUUGAUGCCGAGCAGCAACAGUUUCCGCCGGGAUUCAAUGGGAACAGUGGCGUUUCCCUCACACUUGGCCUUCCCCAUUGUGAGAACCGACAAAACUUGGUAUCCAACCUCAACAUGAAUCAGGUAGGAAGAAGGUUAGAACUAGGGGGUAACGAAUCAGAUAUGUAUGGGAACAACACACAACAGCAAGCUUCUCAUCCCACACACAUUGAGAUGCAAAACAGGAAACGCUUCGCGGCGCCAUUGUUGCCUGAUUUUGUGGCCUGAUCAUGCUCCAAAUACGUUAAAUAACCACUCCAACUCAACAACAUGCAUCAACCAAAGUAGAAGAGCUUGGAAAAUAACCUUUCCAGGUUUCAGUUUCUAUGUAUAUCAUGCUUUCUCUACUUUUGAAGGAUAUAUGCAUUCAUAUCUGGUUUACGUAUAUAGCU